UUUCUCCAUGCAAAAGAACCAAAAUUCUCCUACAUUCCUUUCUUUUCCUCACCACCUUUCUACAUAAAUACCCUAACCAAGACAUCUGUUCAUCAACAUUUCCCUGAAUUCCCCUCCAAUUUCUUGCUCCCAAAAAAAUGUACUCCCCCGGCGGAUUACCAACCCGGUCCAGCCCGGUUCCCCGGCCCAUAAAACGCCACCACUCUGUCCGGCAAAUCGCCCACCGGGUCCAUGAUAGCUUCACCUCCCGACUGUGCAAGUUGAUAUGUGCCAUUUUCUUGACACUUGUGCUAGUUGUUGGUUUGAUCUCUUUCAUACUAUGGCUUAGUUUACGUCCACACCGUCCAAGGUUUCAUAUCCAUGAAUUAGGAGUUGUGGGCUUGGGCCAAGGUACUGACAUUACCCAGAUUCAAUUUAAUGCAUCGGCCCGAAAUGCAAACCAUAACAUUGGGGUCCAUUAUGAUUCAAUGGACGGGUCGGUUUUUUACAAGGAUCAGAGUAUCGGGUCAAAACCGUUACUUUUUCCGUUUUAUCAGGGGCCGAAGAAUACAACAGCAGUGGGAGACACAAUCACUGUGACAACGUUAAAAGAGAACAGUCAACGUUGGACGGAGAUAAUGAAUGAACGUCGUAUGGCUGGAGCGGUUGUGUUUCGACUAGAAAUAAUCUCGAUCAUCCGAUUUCAGAUCUCCAAGUGGCAUAGCAGGCCCCAUCGGAUGCAUGCCAACUGUGAAGUUUCGGUGGGCCCAGAUGGUGUGAUGUUGCCAAUUUAUAAAGACAAGAGAUGCCCUGUUUAUUUCACUUGAUGUAUGAUGUAUUAUGUUGCAAUUCUUUUUAUGUUUCUUUUGGUUUUGGUUAUUGGGAUUGGGUUUGCUUAGUAACCUAAAGUGUACAAUUGCUUAACUUGGUGUACAUUCUUUGAGGAUUGGUUUCAAAUUAUUUGAUUUGUAAUAUCAUUAUUGAGGAGAAAAGAAAUCAACGAAAAUCUUUUCCAUUUUCA